UCUCUGCGAGUCGUCCCUUCGUCGGCCCGGGAUCUGGAUCCUGUUGCUGAUCGGUAUAUUUCGGGUUACCGUCCGUCGCGAUCCCCUCGCGAACUCGCAUUCGCGACUCGGUCCAUUCGCGAGUCGUCUACGAGUCGUCUACGAAGUCGGAAAGACAAGUUCGUACGAUAUCGAAACGAGAGAGGAUCGGAAUUUCGCAGAAAUUUCGGACUGUGUUUACAUCUCCCGGAGGGAUACCAGAGAUCUGACAUCCCUGCGUGACUCACUCGUGGGUGUAGAGAGGAGCAUCAAUUAAAUCUGGAGCUAAAACCUCCCGCGCACCUCCUCGAAAAGGGAUCAAUCUGAUUGAUCGCUUCUUUCGCGUCUUUCUUCAUUUCGUGUGCUUCAUAUUUAACACAGCUCAUUGUUAAUAUUAAUUAUGACGGGCCGCCCUUAAAGUGACUACACCGUGGUGUAUUCGUGCGUGAUUCAUGGCAAUCUACUCGCGACGCGGAGAUCGACUUCGUCGUCACGUCGCGUUCAAUAAUCAUCGACGUUUCGCAGGUGCAUUAAGUUGACGAUCCAUUCGUGCCGAUUUGUUCGAAUGCGCGACUUCGCGAAUUCAAUUUGAUUUCAGUCCCAGAGCAGGGCGAGCGUCCAUUAUCUUUACACGACGAGUGCUUCGUUCGUCAAGCUUCGCUCCGUAUGACCGAAUAUUCUAUCGAAUCCCAGGGUGAUAUCCGACGUCCAACUUUGGGAUGCGAAUAUAAGUCGCAGCGAUGAUUCAUCGAGUCGACUCUGGGAUCUCGCGAGUGCCGCGGAUCUAAUUGUGAUUUUACGUCGUUAUCGUUUAAGACGCGACGUGUCUUCGAUUAGGUUCUAAAUACGUGCAAAGACGACAUUCGCGUUGCAACAUUGAUGACAGAGUUCGUAGCUGUUGCACGGGAUGAGAGCAACAAUUUUGGUUUUACGAGGGGCAAUCACGCUCCGUGACGAUCCAUUGCGAAACAACUGGUUGAAUUUGGGCAGCUCCUAGUCGGCGGGGACCAUGGCGACUGUUUGGCCGGGCAGCUGCGUAAGCGCGAAAACGUGACCAACUCGCAGAUAAGAAAGAUUUUGAUCGUGGCUGCGGUUACCCGAUCGUGAAAUGAGAUCGAGCGAGGGAUCUGAACGCGCGUGAGGAAGCAUCAAACGAGUAAUAGCGAAGUGAUAACGAUGGGUUCCUUACCAAAUCUUCACGAGCUGUCCAAGGAUAAGCUGGGGAGUCCGGUGUACAAACCGGCGCCGAUCGGCGGUCUUGGUCCAGCACGAUUACCGCCGCAGCCACCGCCGUUGGCACAUACACAUAAACGUGCAAGAAGUAGCGGGCAUCAUCAUUCUACUCUGUGCGACAACGAUACCAUGUUGGAGCACAUGGCGGCGUACUCGCCGAUCUCCUGCCGAUCGACACGCACCUCGGCGCUAUCGUGGCGACGUCGGGAUUCCAUGAACUCAUCGGCAGGUGCAUCGUCCGUACGCCGGCUGAUCGCAGCGGUCCGCGCGGCCCCGUCCGGGCCCAGACCACCACGUAGAGUCGUGUUGCGCCACAUCGCGGCCCUUCUGCUCGGUCACGCGAGUUGCUCGGCCGCUACGCUGCCCAUCUUCCCACUUCAGGCAGGCUUGGGCGCGUUCGAACCCCGUCUAGGUCCGGUACUUCUCGCCUAUCUCUACAUGAUGGCAGCCGCCACCAGCUGUUUCGCACCCAUCGUCGUGCAACGGCUCGGCACGAAUCUCGCCAUCACCGCAAGUCACGUGGUCACUGCUAUCUUCGUCGGCGUGCAUCUGUAUCCCAAAUGGUACAUACUCGCGCCCAGCUACGUAAUGUUAGGCUGCUGCGCCAGCUCGAGUUUCCUGGCGAGAACAUCGCACAUCAACGUCUCCGCGACCAGCCUGGCGCUGGUCUGCGUCGAUCCCGAGGAUCCCGCCGAUGAAACGCGCCGCGAAUGCCUGUUGAGAAGACUCAACCGGGGAAUCAAGUUGGCUGAAGAUAUCGGCCUCGCAAUCGGUUGCCUCAUCGCUGCGAUUCUCGUCAGGCUAACGGAUCUGAUACCAUCUAGCAUAAUGAACACCGACGUUUGCGGGGCUGAGUACUGUUCGGAAGAGAUGUACUUUUACAACGAAUCGCUUUACAUGCCGACGAUCACGUCUGGCACUUCGAGAAUCCUCGUCAGCAUCUGGCUUGGCUUGGCGGUGCUCGGUCUAGGCAUAUCUUGCGCGUUUCUCGAUUCUAGGCUGCAGGAACCUCAGACGAACCACGAUCGUGCCAGCGUCAAAGACAUCUUCAAAUCCGUUAAAUGCGCGUUUCAGGACCCGAAGCUUCAGCUCGCAGCGCCGCUCACGCUCUUCAUCGGGCUGGAACAAGGUUUCAUUUACGCCGAUUUCAUGGAGGCAUACGUGGUAUGCGCCUUAGGUGGCGCCGGUACGGUGACCUUAAGCUUCCUGAGCUUGGCUUUACUGCAAGCUCUGGCCGCUGCGACGCUUUCGAUGUUGCUGAGGCACAUUAAAAGGUACUUUGUCGUAGUCGUGGGUUUCGCUUUUCAUGCCUGCCUUCUACUUGUUCUGGUAACCUGGAGACCGACGGGAGAUGACCCGGCUCUCUUCCACGUUAUAUCAGCUGCCUGGGGAGUUUGUAAUUCCAUUUGGGAAACUCUGAUAUACACGUUGGUGAUGGGCCUGUAUCCGAACGCGUGGCAAGGACCGCUGUCCACGUCGCUCUUCUGGCGUUGGCUCGGCUUGACCCUCGCGCUCAGUUUGCACGGCGCGGUGUGCACCCGUUAUCGCGUCCUAGGCCUUGCCGUGACUCUGGUGCUGGCAGUGGUGCCGUACCUAUGGUUGGAAAGCCGUCUCGCCCGCCGCGGCAAAACGCUGGCGCCUUUAUGACCAGGCGACUCGACCGCGAGCGAACGCGGGUCCACCAGUGUUGAGACGGCGACGACGACCGAAAUUAGACACCGGGGUGACUGAGAACGAGCCGUUCCAUCCAGCACCACGGCUCGAGUGAGAUCGUGGACCGGAAUACCGAGACGCGGUAGCCGCAGGAGUAGCGGCCUGACGACGCAGGAAUCGCAGCAGCAGCAGCAACAGCAGCAGCAGCAGCAGCAGCAGCAGCAGCCACAGCAGCAACAGCAACAGCAACAGCAUCAUCAGACGCAGUCUAGCAGCGCGACAUUAAAGAUCAAGACGCGACGUAGGGCGAACAGCGUCGCGUUCGCCUGCCGCACCGACUACGGCCUGCCCGAUGAUAGCGAUGAUAAUAAUAGUCCGCCGAAAAACCCGGUGCUGCUGAUUGCGGAACCAGAACGUCGCAGGAGCGCCAUCGAAACUGCGGAAGGAUCAAAGGAGCGCUCUUCGAUCUUCACGCUCUCGUGAGGAAGGCAUCCUCUCGCGAACGCCCUGCUUCCCAAGCGUCAUCGUGCCAUUCCGCGUGUAUGGUAGUUGCGAGUGCAAUUAUGUUCCAAUACAAUGCGUACGCUUUGGAUAACGCGUCGAGAGGGUGAAAUCUCUCUCUUUCUGUUUUAAAAGUAAAACUUUAUAACAUUUCGCAGCCUUGACACGGAAGGAGAGAGAGAGAGAGAGAGAGACUCUUCUUUCGAGCUUGCUCUUGCGACUGAAGAUUCUAAGUAGUCGCAGACUAAUCCAAUAUAAUUGCACUGAUAGCGUGCAGCCUCGACGUGAUAUCUCGUGUAAGCGCAGAGUAUUGUGAGCUAUUGCAGUGUCCUAUUUAGCACUCGACUCUCGGGAGAGAGUUCUGUCUUUCCGUCUCUCUCGCUCUCUCGCGAAUUCGGAGCGAGGACAGCAACGAUCGAUGGUCGCUUUAAAGCUCUCUCCAGGCGCGUUCGAGCCGCGAUUGAAGU